CUUGGAUGGGGCGCUUUCACCUUCCUGCUGCCGUACGGGGAGAUGACUUGGGUCCAGGCCACCGCCGUGGUCUACGGCUUCGCCAUGACGGCCGUGCAGCCCGUGGGCCUCGAGUUCGGCGCCGAGAUGACGUUCCCGGAGCCCGAGGGGACGACGUCGGCGCUCAUGUGCAGCGCGGUGCAGCUGUCGGGCGUGGUCCUGACGUUCGCGGGCGGCUACAUCAUGGAGCGCGCGGGCGGCGUGUGGACCAUGGUGUUCCUGGGCGUGCCGCUGCUGCUGGCCAGCGUCAUCCUGCACUUCGUGCGGCCCGAGCACAAGCGGCAGGCCGCCCAGCACGCGCCGCGCCGCCUGUCGCGACUCAUGUCCAUCUGACACUACAUCCGGUCUCUGCCGACGCCGCGCCACUUCCGCCUCGCACCACUUUUAUCGAUACAAUAAAAAAAUGUGUUUUUUUCCC